CUCACGCCAUGGCCAUCUACAUCGCCGUCCAGGCGCUCUUCGAUGGCAUUGAGUCGAUUCCGUGGAUCUGGCCGCUUCUCAAGACGGCUCCAUGGCUCUUCUUCCUCUGGCUGCUCAAGACGUUUUUUCAAGGAGCCAAGAACACCAGUGAAAGACAGAUGCAUGGCAAAGUCGUCCUAGUGACAGGCGGCACAUCAGGCGUAGGGGAAGCGACAGUUCGAUCACUGGCAACACGAGGCGCACAGGUUGUCCUCCUCACACAGCACGCUCUCAACGAUCCCUUCAUUGUCGACUUCAUCCAGGACCUACGCGAUGAGACGAACAAUCAGCUGAUCACGGCCGAACAAGUCGAUCUAGCCUCGCUACACAGCAUAAGGACGUUUGCGACGAAAUGGAUAGACAAUGCUCCCCCGAGACGGCUAGACAUGGUCAUUUUAUGUGCCAACACGAUCACACCAGGGACGAGUGAUAUUCAGAGCACCAGCGAGGGAGUUGAGGUCAAUUGGCAGGUCAACUAUCUGGGCAACUUCCAUCUGCUGAGCAUACUGAGUCCAGCAUUGAGGGCUCAGCCACCUGACAGGGACGUAAGAGUUGUGUUUGGCACAUGCAGUUCAUAUAUGGGAGGAGAUCUACUGCAUAUCACGCAGGGUGUAGGAAGCAAGAGCAAGGAUAGCAAGCAGAAGCUGGACAAGUCGUUUUCAGCGCCAACAAAGUUCAGCCCGGGCAAUGCAUACGCUACGAGUAAGCUUGCUCUGACCACCUUCGCCCUGGCCUUCCAAAAGCAUCUGGCUGUCUAUAAAAGACCAGAUGGGUCGCCUAAUAAUGCAAAGGUGCUGCUCGCAGACCCUGGUCUUUGUAGGACGCCUGGGACGAGGAGAUGGUUGACUCGUGGUUCGCUUUUUGGCUUGCUGCUGUACCUCAUCACGUACCCGCUGUGGCUUCUAGUCCUCAAAUCACCUGACUCUGGGUCUCAGAGUUUCUUGUACGCGUGUAUGGAAGAGAAAUUUGCUCGCGGAACGGGGGGUGUCCUGAUCAAAGAAGUGAAGGAGAGGGCCUAUCUUAGAAAAGAUGUUGAGGAUGAGGAUGCGCAGAAGAAACUUUGGCAGUACAGUGAGCAGAUGGUGCAAGAGGCAGAGAAACGAGGCGCGGAGUACCGGGCGAAACGCAAAAGGGAAGAGCAAGAGGCCAAGGACGAAGAGGAGGCUGUGAAGCAGAUGCAGGACUACAAGGAGAAGGUUGGCAAGAAGGACAGUAAGACCACAGGGAGCAGACGGAGCAAGAAGGUGGGGUGA